AUGGUACCUCCAAGGCCCACCUCGGGCGUAGUAGACCCGAGCGGCGGCAUCGUGGGGUCCUUCUCGAGAUUCUGGCAGAGAACCUAUGCCUCCGACCAUAUCGGUUUCGUACUUCUGCUGGUCGGGUACUUGCUGCUUCAAUUCUUCGUCGAGCCCUUCCAUCGCAUGUUUUCGCUCAACGACCUACGCAUCGCCUUUCCCCAUGCCGAGGUCGAACGCGUUCCGCUCCUCAAUGACUUCAUCUACGCUCUCUUCCUCCCCCUGGGCGUCCUCAUUCUCGCCAACCUCGCCACUCACGCGCCGCCACACAAGCACCACGUCACGGUCCUCGGCCUGGCCAUCUCCCUGAUCCUGGCCUCCUUCCUCACCGACGUCAUCAAGAACGCCGUCGGCCGCCCGCGGCCGGACCUGCUCGCGCGGUGCGUGCCGCGGCCGGACACGCCGCGCGACGUGCUCGUCACGAUCGACGUGUGCACCCAGACGGACCAUCACACCCUGCACGACGGCUGGCGCUCGUUCCCCUCGGGCCACAGCUCCUUCGCCUUCGCCGGGCUGGGGUACCUGAGCCUGUUCCUGGCGGGGCAGAUGCGCAUCUUUGCGCACGGCGGCGGCGGCGGCGGCGGCGGCGGCGCGAGCGCUGGGGACAAGGUCGAGAAGCUGGUCAGGGGCGACCUGUUACGCGCGCUUCUGUGUGGCGCCCCCCUCUUGGGGGCCACCAUGAUCGCUAUCAGUCGGUGCCAAGACUACCGGCACGAUGUGUACGAUGUGUGCGUCGGUGGGUUACUGGGCUGGACGGUAGCGUAUUGGAGUUAUAGGCGGUAUUGGCCGAGAUUGGGGAGCUGGCGGUGUGAGGAGCCGUAUGCAGGACCGCUGGGAGCGCAGGAUGUUGUUGGGAGGAAUGGGUAUGGGAGGGUGAGGGACGAGGAAGAGGGUCUGGGCCAGGGCAGAAAUGUAGGUAUUGACUUGGGGGUCUUAUCUAACUAA